GCGGAAUGAUUUGAAAGGGAAGAGGCAAUAGAAGCUGUCUUAUCCUUCAAGUCAGUGUUAUCAUCUAGGGAUCAAAAGACUGGUUUAAUGGUGAAGAUAAAGGCCUUUUGUGAUCAAAGGGAUUCAGGGAAGAGGGAAACUCCACCAGAAAGUGUGGUCCCAUUUCCCAGAGAAGCUAAAUGGACGAGAAGUCUCCCGCCAGGAAAGGUCCAGAUUUCUGCUCCUUACGCUAUGGGCUGGCUCUCAUCAUGCACUUCUCCAACUUCACCAUGAUAACCCAGCGAGUGAGCCUGAGCAUCGCCAUCAUUGCCAUGGUGAACAGCACCCAGCAGUUCGAUCUGACCAAUGCCUCCUUCGAAGACCCUCUGGUAGACACCCUCAGUAACCCAAGCAGACCCAUCAAGGAGUUUAAUACCAGGGCUUCUGUAUAUCAAUGGAGCCCGGAGACUCAGGGCAUUAUCUUUAGCUCCAUCAGCUAUGGGAUAAUACUGACCCUGAUCCCAAGUGGAUACUUAGCAGGAAUAUUUGGAGCAAAGCAGAUGCUUGGUGCUGGCUUGCUGAUCUCAUCUCUUCUCACGCUUUUUACACCAUUGGCUGCUGACUUCGGAGUGAUUGUGGUCAUUGUGAUUCGGACGUUCCAGGGCAUGGCACAGGGAAUGGCAUGGACAGGUCAGUUUACAAUCUGGGCGAAAUGGGCUCCUCCACUUGAACGAAGCAAGCUCACCAGCAUUGCAGGGUCAGGGGCAGCGUUUGGAUCUUUCUUCAUCCUCUGUGUGGGGGGACUAAUCUCACAGGCCUUGGGCUGGCCUUUUAUUUUCUACAUCUUUGGUAGCAUUGGCUGUAUUUGCUGUCUCCUGUGGUUCAUGGUGAUUUAUGAUGACCCCAUGCAUCACCCAUGCAUAAGUACCAGGGAGAAGGAAUACAUUGUGUCCUCUCUGGCUCAACAGUCCAGUUCUCCAAGACGAUCUGUCCCCAUCAAGGCCAUGGUUAAAUGCCUACCACUUUGGGCCAUUUUCUCUGGGUUUUUCAGCCACUUCUGGUUGUGCACCAUAAUCAUAACAUACCUCCCAACGUACAUCAGCACCGUGCUCCAUGUGAACAUCAGAGAUAGUGGAGUUUUGUCCUCCCUGCCUUUUAUUGCUGCUUCAAGCUGUACAAUUUUAGGUGGCCAGUUGGCAGACUUCCUUCUGUCCAGAAAUCUUCUCAGAUUAAUCACUGUGCGCAAACUCUUUUCAUCCUUAGGGCUCCUGCUUCCAUCGCUAUGUGCUGUGGCCCUGCCAUUUGUGGCUUCCAGUUAUGUGACAACCAUUGUUUUGCUCAUACUUAUUCCUGGGACCAGCAACUUGUGUGACUCUGGUUUUAUCAUCAACACUUUAGAUAUUGCUCCUAGGUACGCAAGUUUCCUCAUGGGUAUCUCCAGGGGAUUCGGCCUCAUCGCAGGAAUCGUCUCUUCCACAGCCACUGGAUUCCUUAUCAGUCAGGAUUCUGCGUCUGGUUGGAGGAAUGUAUUUUUCCUGUCUGCUGCUGUCAACAUGGUUGGCUUGGUAUUUUAUCUCACGUUUGGACAAGCAAAAAUCCAAGACUGGGCCAAAGAGAGGCCCCUCACCCGUCUCUGAGGACGCAGAGUGGCUGACUUAAACGUAGAACUGACCAUUCACGUCCCAACAGUUUUGACUCACUGCCAUUUGUUCACGUUCCUGUUCCUAGACAACAGUCUUCAGCUCUUGCUCGAAGUGUUAAAGUUGCCAGGGAACCUCUGAACCACACUGGUGCCCGGGCCCCUGGUUUGACGGGAAGUCCGUAUGCUGCUAAUUGUUUAUAGAGUCUCCAAGUAUUUCUAAGCUACAGGCAAACCUGGCAACUCCCAGACAAAUUUAAAAAGUCUAUUCCUACUGCCUUUGAACUACUCUUUGUUUGGAAAAUACUAGAUGAAUAAACAUCUGUGUGAAAA